CAAACGAUUUUUGUUUGGGACUCCAUCUCUUCAUUCGCCAUGGUUGUUGCCUUUACCCCUCCCGCGGUUCCUCCCGUCUUACGGGAAGCUGCCGAGCUCAAGGCUGAAGAGCUCCAACGCACGAGAGCGCGGUUACACGCAAAGUACGUUGAAUUGACCAGCGAGCCCACAACCACCAAAGACACUAUGCUCCUCCAAACUCGAAAAAUUAUUGAGCAAAUCGAAGAGCUCAAACCAUUGCUCGAACACGACAGUCAUCUGAGUUAUCUUAUCCGUCUGGUCCAACAAGCUCAGCAUGACCCCUCCAUAUCACAAGCUACGGUGCUCAAAACCAAGACUGAGCUACUUGAGAUCAUUGAAAGGUUCCUCAAUAGAUUAGGCGUCUCCGCAAUGCAUACUGAGCUGCUGAGGCAAUUUUGGGACAAGAAAGAGCCGAGCAUGUCAUCUGUAACCACCAAACUCGAUAAAGCAGGGCUUGAUGAUGACUUUGAAGUGGUGGAUGAUAGGCUCGAGGCUGUGGUUGAGUCAUUCGAGAAGAACGUUGCGAAAUUCAAGGACAUCGAUGUCGCAGCUAUCGAACAGUAUCUCGAAAGCAUGUUCGCCAGCGAUCAAUCAAAAUCGAUUCUCGAAUCUAUGCGUAGCUCUAUGAAUGGAUAUGGCUUGAGAACUAUGCAGGGUAUUGAAGAAGUUGACGAUGAUCUUGUCACAUGGUGCAUUGAGGACUUGCUUGAGAACGGACUGAUCGGUGACGAGAAACGAAAGACCUUGCAAGGGUACCUGCAAUCUCCUGCAGCAAUUCGGGAGUUAAAGAGUACACUUAACGUGAAGUCAGCUCGCCACUGGAAUUAUCGCGAUGUCGGACACGGUCUCCCGGUUACAGCCCGUCAAAACUCGGAUGGCGAGUACUGCAUCGUUAUUGAAGAAGACAUUAUCGAUAUGCUAUUCCUGCACACCACCGCGAUAGGGUGGAGUAUGAAGCUCAAGAGUGUUUUGAGGGAGGCUAUCUCAUACCCGAUAAUUUGGGGUGAAAGCUCAACUUGCUCUGUUGGAGAGAUACAACGUAUGGAAUACUGGCUUUCAGCGUACUACAAGCCAUCUUCGUACUCAGAGGUGUCGCCACCACCCCCUCUUAUGCCGAUGGGUUUGGAAAUUAUAGCCCAGAACUACGAUCGUUACAACUCGCCGCCCCACCGGAAAGGAAAAUACCGAGCUCCGCCACCCAUGACGGUACAUUCAAGGAAAAGGAACAAGGGGAUCCCAUUGCCCGUGCCCCCGCCGCCGCCGCCACCACCCCUCGGGUCGUAUAUAAGGAGAGAUAUGGCUGUUACGAGGCAUGGAGAUUACGCAAAAUCGUUCUUCUUAUCAAGGCUUCCCAAGCUCCUUGGUGCUUCACCGGAUCGUGUAUGCGCGAGUAAGGUUCAGGCGCUGCUACUAAAAACCUUGGCUAUCGAAGCAAAGCUUAGGCUUGCACUUGAUGGAUCGGUUCAUGGUGUUGCAGCAAGUUUCGAGUCUUUCGCCUCUUCGCUGCCACAUCAGACAAUACUGAAAGUGUUGGAAUUUCUCGGUGUACCUCAGACAUGGCUCGACUUUUUCUCGCGCUAUCUUGGAGCGCCCCUCAACAUGGGCCCUAUUGUACGUGAAACAAGCGAUCGGAUUCUCACUCGUGCCCAGGGGGUUCCUGUUGGACAUGGCCUUGGAGUUUUCUUUGGAGAAGCCGUUCUGUUUUUCCUGGAUCUGGUCGUCCACCGGGAAACGCAAACUCAUCUUUACCGCCUGGGCGACAAGUGUUACUUUAUCGGUAACCAGCAACAGCAUGACACUGCUUUAACUGAAAUUUCAAGAUUCUCGAAGAUUAUGGGUCUCCAAGCUACCCAGAAAGAUAUGAUAGCAGAACCGCUUGGUCUUGUCAACUUUACCGCGUCCGGCCAGACAGUUUCUCACACCAUCGACAGUUCGAGGGUCAAGGCAUACGCCAGCCGUGCCAAGAACCGUCUUUCUGAAUGUUCUACGAUGAUAGAGUGGAUUUAUACCUGGAACAACACCAUUGGAAACUACUCUCCUCAUCUCUUCGGACCUCUCGCCAACGUCUUUGGUAAAGAUCAUCUUGAAUCAGUAACCCAUGCUUACAAUCUCAUGCAUGAGAUCAUACUUCAAGGCCAAGAACUCACCAGUCAUAUCUUCAACCUCUUUCGAAACUAUCUAGGUGACCAACACCACAUUCUCUCCGCGUCGCCAGAAGCCCUGAUUUAUUUCCCGGUCGCCCAGGGAGGUCUGGGCAUCAAGAACCCGUACAAUACGCUCAGUUCGAGCAUGAUUCUUGAAUCGCCCAACGACGAAUUCGAUCGUUUCAAAGAAGCAGAACAGAACUAUUACAACUAUGCGAAGCACAAUUUCGAAAGCAUGAACCCUACGGAGCAAGCCGAGAAGCUCACCAAUUAUUUCGCGAACGACGAGCGCCGCAUCCGUGCAGCGUUGGGUGAAGGGACAGAUCCAGCAGUCUUCCCGCCUUUCGAUGUCAUCACCGCUGACCGUGAGCGUGCGGCUUAUCCGCCACUCCCCCCUCCGCAAUUUCCAUCCCCAUGGUCGUUUUCAUCCGUGCCAGAUCUUGUCAGUGUGUACAUGAUCCUCCAGAAGGAGCAGCAGCAUGAGAUGCUCAACAGCGUCAAGAUUAGUAAUGAGCUGCAGAAAUUGGGAGAGAAGCUGGGUAUGAAGCCAUGGCCAGGCUCAAGUGCGGAGGAUCGCUGGGUUUUCCAAAUGUACGGGGAGGAGUGCUUGAAGACUUUUGGGGGGUUGGCUAUUUGGCAUGGCGAGAGUGUGCCUGAAGAAGUGUUGAGAAUAGUAAGAGGUGAGGAGAGUGAUGGAUCGGAUGACGGGGAUAGUUAUGGUACUAUGUCAGAAGCUUGA